GGAAAACAGAUCGAAAUCGCGUUUAACUUCUGCAAUUCGAUCCUAUACAAUGCCUAGAAACGUCAAUUCCGUCCUCCACGCCAGCAAUCCACGCAAGAAACGACAAAUGCAGCCCGUUUCUCACUCGAAGAAGCUCCGUUCCAAGAUCCCUCGCCGGAAACGCAUCCCUCACUUCCCAAUUCUCAGCAGAUCUUCGAACGAGCUGUUUUCAUCAAAAGAGUCAGAAUUAUCGGCGUUUCCAGCACCUUCCUGCUCUUCCUCCUGCUUUACGGGCGAUGUCUCCUGCGAUUCGAGCAUGAUCUCUGUCGGUUCUGUGAACCCGAAGAAACGGCAGAGAUCGAAGGAAAGCGACGCAAUCGAACGCUCCGGAGUCGCAUUUUUCGGCAAGGAUUCGCGGCCGAUAACCAGAUCUUACUACCGGCUGAAAGAAAAUGUCAGGUCUGAAGAAAACAAAGGAUCUCCAACCGUAGGAUCGUUUUCUCCACCGAAGGGUAGAGACGUCAUUAGAUCGGCUGAGGUUUCUGAGAGAAAUUUGAAGCAGACGAUCGGAUCUGUCAAAAGAGCUCCAAAAUCAGAGAAGAGCGAAGAAAUCUCUUGCAUUGAACCGUUUUUACCGGAGAAUCCCAAUCUGAAAGCUGGAUCCUGUAAAGGAGACGAAAAUUCGUUGCAAUCUCUUGCAAUUGCAGCAUCUGCAGCCUCCGGAGCUGAGUUCUCCGAAAUUUCCUGCAUAGAAUCGCUUUCGGCUGCGAACACUCGAAAUGCAGCGAAAACUGAGCCAAGUGUCGUUGUUUCAGAACAGACUGUGGAUCUCACUUGCUCAGAGCAGCUAUCGGACGGAGACGACAGCUCGGAUUAUUCGAGCUGUCAGGAAAUGACGCUUUCGCAGCUGGAAGCAGAGAUUUUCCCUAAAAAUUCGGACGGUGAGUGUGUCGAGUUUUCUCAGCCGUCGCUUUCGUCGAUCCUAGGAGAGUCGUCGGUUGAUUCCGAAACAUCCGGCUGUAAUUCCACUCCGUCGGUCUGUUUUUCGCUGUUUUUACAAUACACGAAGCAGUUGUCGAGGUCGAGAUCGCGUCUGAAAUUUGGAACGUCUGAUGGAAUCGAAGACGAAUACUCUGACAAAUUUACGCUUUUGAGGUUCGAAAAUGAAGAGCAUGAAGAGAGCUACAAAAAGCUCAGGAUCAGGGAGAGGAGACAUGAGUAUCGGCACAACUAUAUCGAGGUAUACGGCCUGACGACGGAGUAUGGAGAUGUCGUGCUCCAGCAGCGGCUGCUGAUGGUAAACUGGAUAAUCGAGCACGCGGACGAGCACGAGCUGCACUACGAGACAUUGUUCUUGAGCGUGAGCCUGUUCGACAGAUUUCUAGGCAAAGGGUUCUUCAAAAGCAAAAGAAAACUUCAACUUCUCGGAAUCGCUUGCUGCACCCUCGCUACGAGGAUCGAAGAAAACCAGCCACUUAACUGUAUCCGACGGAAAGAAUUCCUAGUGGGAACCAACGUGUUCAGCAGAUGUGAAGUGGUGGCCAUGGAAUGGCUAGUGCAGGAGGUCCUCAGCUUCCAAUGUUACCUGCCAACGAUCUACAACUUCCUAUGGUUCUACCUUAGUGCCGCAAAGGCAGAUGCGGAGGUGGAGGGCCGCGCCAAAUAUCUGGCCGUGCUGUCGCUCCUCGACCAUGAGAGCCUGUGCUUCUGGCCUUCAACCGUCGCAGCCAGUUUGGUCAUUCUCGCUUCCCUCGCUGCCAAUCGCGACUCCUCGUGCCAGUGGGUGAUGGAGACACACGUCCGAACCGGAAACGACGAUCUACCAGAAUGCAUACGGGGCCUGGAGUGGUUGGUGAAGUACGUUUGCUAG